AUGUUGGCACCGCUUUCCCCCAAGUGCAAUGUCAACAUCAGCUAUCUUCCACUCCCUCCUCCUCGCUCAUCAGUAUGCCUCUACCUCCUUCACACUCCCCCCCUCACUUCCUUCCCCUUUCCACACCAACAGCACCAACAGCGCCUGAGGAGUGGAAGAGAGGAGGCAGCGGGGGCGGUUGGGGCUGGCUGCUGGUAUGUGCGUUGGACAGAUGAGGUGAAGCGGAGAGAUCCGGGCAGCAUGGCAGAGCCACGGGCUGCUGCAGCAGCAGCAGUGGUGGCGGUGAACUCGGUCAGCUACGAGUGGAAUGGGGGCAGCAUCACGUGCAAGGGAGCACCUGCACUUCCAGAGCCGCAACCUGCUGCAGCAGCAGCAGCGGUGGCGGUCAAGACAGUCAGCACUGAGUGGAGGGAGGCGGGCAGGAGGGAGGCAUGA